AAUUACAUCUCUCUUUCUUUCAUCGUCUACUCGCUCAGACCAGCAGCUUUGCUCCAUGUUAGCCAAUAAUGUUUGUUCCCCAGUUCCUAAGAGGAAAAGAAGACCAGCAGGAACGCCUGAUCCAGAUGCUGAAGUGGUUUCUCUGUCGGCCAAGGCACUACUGGAAUCGGAUCGUUACGUUUGUGAAAUCUGCAACACAGGGUUCCAAAGGGACCAAAACCUGCAGAUGCACAGGCGGCGGCACAAGGUUCCUUGGAAGCUGCUCAAGAGAGAAACGCCGCCCGUGGCGAGGAAGCUGCGGGUGUUCGUUUGCCCCGAGCUGAGUUGCCUGCACCACAACCCUUUCCAUGCUCUUGGCGAUUUGGUGGGGAUCAAGAAACACUUCAGGCGGAAACACGGCGAUCACAAGCAAUGGGUGUGCGAGAGGUGCUCCAAGGGCUAUGCUGUUCAGUCGGAUUACAAGGCACAUCCUAAAAUCUGUGGCACCAGAGGCCAUUCUUGUGACUGCGACAGAGUUUUCUCAAGGGUUGAGAGUUUCAUUGAACAUCAAGAUGCUUGCCAAAUGAGCCGUAUUCAGCAAGAAUCACAUGCAGAGUGUCCGCCUUGCUUGUCGCGAACAGCUUCAAGCACCAAUCCGUCUAGUGAUACUAAUUUCAGUACAGUUCCACGGCCUAGUUUGGAGUUGGCAAAGACGACAGACACCAUGUUGUUGUUGAGCCCUACAAAAGAUAAUUCCCCUAACAAUACACAAUGCCACAACUUGGACCUUCAACUCUUAAGCACAUCAAAUCCCACUGAGGUCUCCGUUUGUCCUAAAAGCCAUGACAAUCAUUCGAUCCAGUUACACCUCUCAAUCGGCUCGUCCGACACUGGUACCGAAAAGGAACCAAUCUAUGCGAGACCGAUGCAGUUAAGGUUGGCGAUGGUGGAAAAGCCUUUUCCGGAAGAGGCGAGACGGCAAGCGAAAAGGCAGAUGGAAUUAGCCGAGCAUGAGUUUGCCAGGGCAAACAGAAUCAGGCAACAAGCACAAGCUGAAACAGCAAAGGCUCAAGCUUUAAAGGAUCAAGCUGUAAAGCAAAUAAAAUCCACCAUUCUUCUAAUCACUUGUCAUGCUUGCAAGCAGCGGUUUCAAGCAACAACAACGCCUCCCGAAGAGAACUCACUUGUGAGUUACAUUUCAUCAGCCCUAACAGAAGGUGAAGUUGAAAACGAAAUCUAACAAAACCUGCUAACAUAUAAACACACACACACACACACACACAUAUAUACCACAAAUGGUUUGUUU